UUUACGUGAUGUGCGUAAAAAUCAUCAUCAACAUUCUGUUUGGCUACUACUGUGGUGUAGCAGGCACUAAACUAACUGCUGUAAACCGAGCUAUGUGCCUAUGAAAUGCUCUCAUGUUACUGGCAAGGGGCAUGACUUAGAGUCAAAUCAAAGAUAUUGUGCGUAGAUCUGUCGGCAAUGUGCGACAACAGAACAAUACAAUGUACCAAGUGAAAAAUCGUUUUAAAUACUGUGCAUUAGCCCUUGCGGCAGGUAGGUUGUUUUCUUCUAGCCCUAAGAAAAAUCCGGUGGUAUUUUUCGACAUCGCCGCUGACGGAGAAGAGAUAGGCAGGAUCAUUAUUGAACUGAAUGCAGACACCGUGCCAAAAACAGCAGAGAACUUCAGAGCACUGUGCACAGGCGACUAUGGGUUUGGUUUCAAAGGCUGCGUCUUCCACAGGAUAAUUCCAGAGUUUAUGUGCCAGGGAGGAGAUUUCACUAACCACAAUGGCACUGGCGGGAAGUCCAUCUUCGGAAAGAAGUUCCCAGAUGAGAACUUCAAAUUGAAGCACACAGGCCCAGGCAUUUUGUCCAUGGCAAAUUCAGGGCCGAAUACCAAUGGAUCUCAGUUCUUCAUCUGCACGGCUAAGACUGAAUGGCUGGAUGGGAAGCAUGUGGUGUUUGGCCAAGUCAAGGAGGGGAUGGACGUAGUCUCCGUCAUGGAGUCUUAUGGCCUGCACGAUGGAGGGACCACCAAGAAAAUUGUUAUCAUCGACUGUGGAGAGCUCCGAUAAUCUUCCAGCUCAGACCAAGGCAGCACAGGUCUCGGGCCCCUUGUAAGACGUUGCAGGUUAGUUUGUUGAGAUGUGGUGGACUGGGGGCACCGGCUGAGCAGUAGGGGUUAUUCGCUGGGAGAACUUUCUGUUGGUUUUAAAUCAGAAUCCACAUACUCAACUGUGCUGCCAUAAUGUAAACAUUUGACACAAAAAAAAGAUGUUUCAGGGACUUCUCUGCUUGUCUGUGAUGCCUUGAAAUGACUUUUCUGUAUGUCUUUUUUAGAUGCUUACUAAGUAAGCAAAGACAAAAGGAUUUCAGUAACUAGCAUGCAGGUGUUUUAAUGACUUAUCAAACUUGUCUUUCAAAGCAUGGCAGCAAUAUUGUUUUU